CAAGUAAAACCAGAUCAAGUACACAAAAGUAGCGUUAACAAAUAUAUACUCUCCAACUAAUUAAGCCAGUUUCCGAAAUGAAUAACCUUGUUGUGUUCUUCGCCCUUUCUCUCUUGGUUUAUGUCUCUCAUGCUAUUGAGCUCGACUUCUGUGUAGGAGAUACUACUCUCCCCAGGGGUCCACAAGGAUACGCUUGCAAGGAUCCUGCUAAUGUCACUACAGAUGACUUUGUUUUCACUGGCUUUCGUGGUGAACGAACCACCACAAACAUGUUUAGAUAUAAUGUGACCCUUGCAUUUGUAAAUCAAUUCCCUGCUUUGAAUGGAUUAGGUAUUUCUAUGGCAAGAUUAGACUUCGGUGUUGGUGGAGUUAUUCCAGUUCACUCACACCGAACAUCAGAAAUUAUAACCGUAAUCAGAGGGUCAAUAAUUGCAGGAUUCAUUGAUGCAAGCAAUACUGCGUAUUAUAGAAGACUCGAGGUUGGUGACGUUAUGAUCUUUCCACAAUCCAUGCUUCAUUUUCAAAUUAAUGUUGGUACAACUCCAGCUACUGCAAUUGUUAGCUUGAACGGAGCAAAUCCGGCAGUUCAAUUUACAAUGGACUCCUUAUUUGCCGGCAAUUUACCUGCUAAUAUAGCUGAGCAAAUUACACUUCUAAGUAACGAGGAGGUCACGAGGAUGAGGAGGUCAUUUGACAAUGCUUAAACAUGCUAUAUGUCCUAAUUAUUUUGUUGCCAAAGUCCAUAUUAUUUGUUUAUUAUGCUGAAUAAAUGUACGAGAAUGAAUGUAUGCAUCCAUGUAUUCAGUAUUCUCUGUUGUGUUCAUAAUUUUAGUUUGUAUUACUCUUUUAAGCAAUUAAUUAAUAAAUUCUCUCUA